AUGGAUAUCCUUAUCAUUACUUGUCUUGUUCUAGUUGACUUUUUUAAUACUGUUGGCUUGUUGAGGAUUGUCGGGGUGCUGAUACCCUUAUGCCUUCUUGUUGUUACCACUGUUGUCCUCAUCUGGGCAUUAAUGGUAGCAUACGUUCGCCGAAAGUUAAAUUUGUUCUGCCAGGACAUUUCAAAUCAGGAAAAAUGCCUCUUAGGAAGACCUCUGUUCUUCCCCUCACGGCUGACGCAUGCGAGAAUGUUUCCUGAGAAAUAUCAUUAUGGAAUUGACUACUUUCUCGUUGGAAUCCCCGUUGGAUUACGUGGUCGAGUCGGAGCAUUGAUUGCCAUUGACAGUGAUGAAUCAGAUCAACAAUUUCCAGCCACCUCUUUUCAUAUCUUUGCUAAAAAGCUCUUCCGAAAGUUCCUCUGGUUCAGCAUGGACACAAGUCAAUAUCUUCAUCGCGGAGACGGCCAUAUGAGCUUGACUCAAAAAUUAGAGAUCUUCUUGAAGGAGAGGGGCGAGGAUAUAUCCAAUUAUCCUUACGCAUAUCUCAUCGGAAUUCCGCAGUUCUGCUGGUGGACUAAAAGCCCAAUAUCCUACUGGUAUCUGUACUCUCCUUCCAAAGAACUGAGUGCGAUAAUUAUGGAAAUCAACAAUUCAUACGGAGAGAAAAAGAACGCUUUUUGUCAAUUGAUCCGAGAAGAGAACUCCUGUUUUGAAACAAAGAAACCUUCGCAAACCGUCAGCACUGCGUUGGGAACGGGUAAUACAGGCAUUCAAACAGUUCGAUUCGUAUCGUCUGCGCCCAAUGCCAAAUAUUAUAAAGGCAGCUGGAACAAAGAUAUCUUUGCUUCGCCAUUUGAAAAGGUUGAGGGCUGGUUCAACCUGCGCUUCAUGGAUCCUCUUGACCCGUCGCCUGAGAAGGGAGGUCCACUUCAUUCCAACAUGACUCUAAUGAGCAAGGAGGGCAAGCCCAAGUUGUCUAGCCGCUUGUUUUCAAGCGGUCCGCCUUUUGACCCUCUGUCAGCCUCACCGUGGGGAAUGACCAAGUUCCUUAUCAGCUGGUCAUUUGUUAUUCCGGCGUCUAUAGGGCGAAUUGUGGUGGAGGCUCUUCGAAUCCGGUUUCGAGGCAAUAUGCCGUAUCUGAACAAACCGGAUGUGAAGAAGAACAAUAUCCCACGUAACGCAUCGAAGCCAGAAAGUUCUGGAAACAUUUCUCCGAAUGUAUCUCUCGGAAAUGGUGAAUCAAUGUCAGAUUCCUCUGGAAGUGAUUUAUACACCUUCGAAGUCACUCGGCCUCCAUCCUAUCUCUAUGCAUUCUCCAGUUAA